AAGCAGCAGAUUAACAUUACUCAGAGAGAGAUAUUACAAACAUAAUUUUUUUUUUUAGACAAAAGAAAACCAACGAUUGGUAGAGAGAGAAAGUGAAGGAUUUUUAGAGAGAUUAUUGUUUUUUGUUUUUUUUUCCUUCUCUCACUUUGAUGUGCUUCUAAUUGUUUGGGGGGGCUUUGAGAUUGUCUCCAUCUCAUUUUCUAUUCUUCGAACCGCUUCUUCUUCUUUCUCCUCUUCUUCUGGUGAGAAAAGAGAGAGGAAAAACCUAGAGAUUUUCUCGUGAAAGUUUGGCGUAAUUUUCUCGAAUUAUCGUAGGGACGAUCGGAGCUAGGGUUUCGAUUCUGGAAAUUGUGAAGUUGGGGUUGGAUUCGGGGAAGUCGAUGGGAAAUGUUGAGUAGGAAUGCUAAUUCGUCGGAAUUCUAGCUCGGAUCUCGAAAGUAGGGCUCGAAUCGAAGGGUUGAAGAGAAAUGGAUGUGGAUUCGUCAAUGGUGCCGGAGAACGAUCACGAUCCAGCGGCUCAGAAUCACGGCGCGACGCCGUCUCCGCCUGCCACGGAGAGGGAGCAGCUAGCCGAGCAGUCUCAAGCCGGAGGUGGAUCUCCUGCUCAGCAGCCGCCAGCGCAACAACAGCAACCAGUGGCGGCGCCGGCCCAGCAGCAGCAGCAGCAGAGUGCCGGAGCCGCCGCGCAGGCGCAGCAGACGCCGGUGAUCGGCCCGCGGCACGCCCCGACCUACUCGGUCGUUAAUGCGAUUUUGGAGAAGAAAGAGGAUGGGCCAGGGCCGAGGUGCGGCCACACGUUGACGGCCGUCGCGGCGGUCGGAGAGGAGGGCACUCCGGGUUACAUCGGCCCCAGGCUGAUUCUAUUUGGUGGUGCCACAGCGCUUGAGGGCAAUUCGGCGGCUUCGGGGACGCCUUCGGCAGCAGGAAGCGCCGGAAUCCGACUAGCAGGUGCCACAGCUGAUGUGCACUGUUAUGAUGUGUUGACGAAUAAAUGGUCCAGAAUCACACCCUUUGGAGAACCGCCUACACCUAGGGCUGCACAUGUAGCAACUGCUGUUGGAACUAUGGUUGUUAUUCAGGGUGGAAUUGGUCCAGCCGGUUUGUCCGCUGAGGAUCUUCAUGUUCUUGAUCUCACACAGCAACGGCCAAGAUGGCAUAGAGUUGUUGUUCAAGGCCCUGGACCAGGGCCACGUUAUGGUCAUGUGAUGGCGUUGGUGGGGCAGAGAUAUCUCAUGGCAAUUGGUGGAAAUGACGGAAAACGACCUUUAGCUGAUGUUUGGGCGUUAGACACAGCUGCCAAGCCUUAUGAGUGGCGGAAGUUGGAACCAGAAGGAGAGGGUCCUCCACCAUGCAUGUAUGCAACUGCAAGUGCACGCUCUGAUGGUCUUCUUCUCCUCUGCGGGGGGAGGGAUGCAAAUAGUGUGCCAUUGGCUAGUGCAUAUGGACUUGCUAAACAUAGGGAUGGACGCUGGGAAUGGGCUAUUGCUCCUGGGGUUUCACCAUCUCCAAGAUAUCAGCAUGCAGCGGUGUUUGUUAAUGCACGACUACAUGUGUCUGGGGGAGCACUGGGUGGUGGGCGAAUGGUAGAAGACUCCUCCAGUGUUGCAGUGUUGGAUACUGCAGCAGGUGUUUGGUGUGAUACAAAAUCUGUAGUUACAACCCCCAGGACAGGCAGAUACAGUGCUGAUGCUGCUGGUGGAGAUGCUGCAGUUGAGUUGACAAGGAGAUGCAGGCAUGCCGCUGCUGCAGUUGGUGACUUAAUCUUUAUUUAUGGAGGUUUACGUGGUGGGGUUCUGCUUGAUGACCUACUUGUUGCUGAAGAUCUCGCUGCUGCUGAAACAACAACUGCAGCAUCGCACGCUGCAGCAGCAGCUGCAGCAUCUAAUGUACAAGCAGGCCGUUUGCCUAGUAGGUAUUUCAUUGAUGAUAGAACAAGGCAGCCACUGCCUGAAGCAGCCCCUGAUGGUGCAGUGGUGGUGGGUAAUCCUGUUGCGCCCCCUGUAAAUGGUGACAUGUAUACUGAUAUAAGCACUGAGAAUGCCAUGCUCCAGGGAUCACGGAGAAUGAGCAAAGGUGUCGAGUAUUUAGUUGAAGCAUCGGCAGCAGAAGCAGAGGCAAUUAGUGCCACAUUGGCCGCUGCUAAAGCACGACAAGUCAAUGGAGAAGUUGAGCUACCUGAAAGAGACCGUGGUUCAGAGGCUACCCCCAGUGGGAAGCAGAUAUCUACCUUGAUCAAACCUGAUUCUGCUGGCGCAAAUAGCAUUCCUCCUGCUGGAGUUCGGCUGCAUCACAGAGCUGUGGUUGUUGCUGCUGAGACUGGUGGAGCUUUGGGUGGCAUGGUCAGACAACUUUCAAUUGAUCAGUUCGAAAAUGAAGGCAGGCGGGUAAGCUAUGGGACCCCAGAAAGUGCAACUGCAGCAAGGAAAUUAUUAGAUAGGCAAAUGUCUAUAAAUAGUGUGCCGAAAAAGGUAAUAGCACAUCUUUUAAAACCUCGUGGCUGGAAACCUCCUGUUCGCCGGCAAUUUUUCUUAGAUUGCAAUGAAAUAGCAGAUCUUUGUGAUAGUGCUGAGCGGAUAUUCUCUAGUGAACCAAGUGUCUUACAACUUAGGGCCCCUAUUAAGAUAUUUGGUGAUUUACAUGGGCAAUUUGGAGAUCUCAUGCGCCUUUUUGAUGAGUAUGGUGCACCUUCAACUGCUGGGGACAUUGCAUAUAUAGAUUAUCUCUUCUUAGGAGAUUAUGUUGACCGAGGCCAACACAGCUUGGAAACCAUUACUCUUCUGCUUGCUUUGAAGGUUGAGUACCCUCAAAAUGUACAUUUAAUUCGUGGCAACCAUGAAGCUGCAGAUAUAAAUGCCCUUUUUGGCUUCCGAAUUGAGUGCAUUGAGCGCAUGGGAGAGCGGGAUGGAAUUUGGGCAUGGCAUCGAAUAAACCGUUUGUUCAAUUGGCUUCCCCUGGCAGCUCUUAUUGAGAAAAAAAUUAUUUGUAUGCAUGGUGGUAUUGGUCGGUCAAUAAAUCAUGUGGAACAAAUUGAGAAUCUUCAGCGUCCGAUUACAAUGGAAGCCGGUUCAAUUGUGCUUAUGGAUUUAUUGUGGUCUGAUCCUACAGAAAAUGACAGUGUUGAAGGAUUGCGACCAAAUGCUAGAGGUCCUGGGUUGGUUACUUUUGGGCCUGAUCGUGUCAUGGAAUUCUGCAAUAACAAUGAUCUUCAGUUGAUUGUCCGAGCACAUGAAUGUGUAAUGGAUGGCUUUGAGCGUUUUGCCCAGGGACAUUUGAUUACACUUUUCUCUGCCACCAAUUACUGUGGUACUGCGAAUAAUGCUGGGGCGAUCUUAGUUUUAGGUAGAGAUCUUGUUGUGGUUCCAAAACUCAUUCAUCCCCUUCCACCAGCUAUUUCAUCACCAGAAACAUCACCAGAACGCCAUAUUGAGGAUACAUGGAUGCAGGAGUUGAAUGCUAACAGACCUCCAACGCCAACGAGAGGCCGUCCUCAAGUAACAAAUGAUCGAGGCUCCCUUGCUUGGAUAUAGUCAAUUGUUCUAUAUUUGUUUCCACAGAUUUAUUCGGAAAGCUUAUACUUCCGCCUUGGGUUUCUGGUGUCCUGUAUAGAGCUUGAUGCUAUGCACAAGAAUGAAAUCUCUUCCAGAAAUGGGAUUAAAGGCUUUUUGAGUUUUCGGUUCUUGCCAUUCAAUUGGUGUGCCUUUAGAUGAUGAAAAGAUGCAAAUUCCGGAACCAGGCUGCAGGUGGCGGGUAGGUUUACUUAUAUUGACGUGCUAAAAAGUCGCAGUUGAUCCACUCACCUUUGUAAAUUGAGCCACAGGCAGGUAGAAAUCAGUAUUUCGAUGCUCUUCCUUGGGUUGGUAGUGCCGAGUAUUUUUCUCAUUAAUUUAUAUAUUUUUUAUUCCUCGUGUUAGGCCUAUUUUUUCUUCGCUUCUCUUUUUGAGAGGACAUACUUGUGGUGAGAUAUAUAAAAUGUUAGAAUCUUUGUGAGCGUCCUUGUAUCAUAGAGGUGUUGCUUUGUGUAUUUACAUCUCUGCUUUUGUACAAUGUAACAUUUUGUGUGAAGAAGCAACCUUUUUUGUCCGACA